CACCUGCGCCUGUGCGCUUCGUCUUCGAGGUUGCGGCGCCGCGCUCGCCACUUUCCUUCUGUCCCUUUAAAUCGCGACUUGUUUUUCCUGUGCUGCACAAGUGCACAAUCCCUGACUGAGCAAAAGGGCUUCCUCUGCAGGAAAGGACGGGAAAUGCCUGAUCCAGCCAGCCAGACCUGGAAGCGCUGAGGCACCGCCGGGAAGGGAUGCGCAGCGAGCGCGCUGCCGAGUACACCGGAGAGCUAAAGAGUCAGCAGCAUGUCCCGUCCUGCUCCUCGUCCCGACUCUCGCCUUUUCUAGGACUAAGUUUGUCGCUCUGUGGAUGUGGUUGUGUCUGCGAGAAGAGGAGAAGAUGAUCUGAUGUCAGCCGAGGCGCGGCGCGGCGCGGCUCCUACAGCAUGAGCGCAGAUUGCAAGAAGCCCCCUCUAGCUCCAAAACCAAAGUCACUCAGCCAGCGGUCAUCGAAGGUGCCUUCAUCCCUGAUGUCUAAAUCAUCAUCUAAUGUCCGAGGUCCAAGGCCCCCAAUUCCUCCCAAGCCAAAGCUGCAGGAAACAUUAGAAGAGAAGGACUCCAUUUACAAGAACAACAACCUAAACCGAUGCAUUAAUGGGAAGCUGUUGUGCUCCACGCAGGAGAUUGAUGAGGAAUUCAACAACUGCUCAGAUCUGGAUGAUUUUCCAAUCUCAGAGGAUGGGUACAUCAUGUAUCCAGACGACGAGGGGCUGAACGACGAAGGAGACGAAUUUGGAAAUGAUGACUCGCAGCUGUAUGUGCAGUCUCCUGGAGAAAAUGGGGAUGAUGGAGAGGAAAAAGAAGAAGAUGAAGAGUGUGAAACUAGGGAUUUGGAUCACUUUGACAGUGCCGACGAGAGGCAAUCGUUUCAGCCAAGUGAACUACGCUUAAGUGCCCUGACCGAAGAACCAGAGAGCGAAGACGAGACAGACUCCGUGCAGCCUAACUACACGAGUGACUGUGAGCAUUUAGAGGCUGAGAUAUCGGAGGAUGCCAUACCUGACACCGAUGUCGACGGGGAAGAGGGUGACGACUGCAGCGUCUGUGAAGAUGAUCCAGCAUUUUCCAGCAGUAACUUCAAUGGGGCUGAGGGAGAAGAGUGUGACGCCAAAGGAUUUCCAGAAGAUGUGUGUGAGAAUCCUAACCUGGUAAAUGAAGAACACUACAGCAGUGGAGAUCCGCUUUAUGAUUCUUUGGAGGUUGGCACUGAGUUCAUCAACAUGGAUGAGGAUCAAACAUUAGAGGAAGUGGACACUCGGGAUCCGCUUAGUGUUUUGUUUGCGCAUGAGCAACAGCAGCAAGAUGAGGAAGAGGAGGAAAUAGAAGGAGAAGAAGGAGAAGGUUCCCUCAUCAAUGUCAGACAGAACUGUCCCAUCAUACCCACAGAUGCAAUUUCCUACUCAGAAGAGGAAAACCAAUCCAACGAAGUGACAGAGGAAGGAGCUACUGAACUUCUAGGAGAGAAGGUGUCUUUAUGUAGUCUUUCAGAAGUGGAACAAAACGUAUUGUUUUCACAGAUCUGUGUAACGCAACCAGAGGGCACAACUAUAGAAUCUGGAGAUGAGGAUAAGGUAUCCACCCAAGAACUGUCGCUUGAGAUUGAAAAAGAUGGAAUCUCUCUCACAAGUGGAAGAUAUGUGGAAUUACAAAAUGCAGAAGACACUGAUUUGUUACCUUCUACUCCACCCUUGAUGGGCAGUGAUACAGUUUUAGAAACACUAAAAGACUGUGAAUACUAUGGUAUUACCCAUUCUGAGACUUGCCACCAGGAGGAUGAUGAUGAACUUCAAACUGUUUUACCUGAAGUGAUGCAAACCAUCAAUGUGGAUGAGUAUUCUCAAGAAAAAGCAGUAACAGAUGAUGAUAUGGACUUUGAAGGUCUCAUAGUUCCCUACAACGAAGGAACAGAACUAGAAAAAGCGGAGGAUACGAUCAGUGAGGAACAUGUCUAUGAAGAAGCAGGGCCGGACAUGGACGGUGACAAUCUGAGCUAUUUCCCUACGGACAGAAAAAGCAUUGUGACGAGAACGAGAUCUCUUUCUGCCAAGAUGCCUGGGUAUGUGCCAGAGACUGUGCCUGAGGAGUGCGGUCCAGAAUCCGAUCCAAACCACACCAACGAAUAUUGUACCGUGUCCUUGGAUAAAUACGGCCAACCAUUUAGUGAAGGUGAAUGCUUUGACGUCAGCCGAGGCAGCACUCCUAAGUCACGACGUUUUAUGUUGUAUCCCCGCUCAUACUCUGUAGAAGGUCGUGAUAUGCCAAUGUCAGUUUAUCGAGAAAACGAUGGCUCCUUAGCGGAGGAUUUUCGAAUAAAAAGGAAAGAGGACAAUCUAUCCCUGCCUUGUUUUAUCGGGUCUUCGGGCAGUUUUUCCCAGAGAAGCAACCACCCCUCCAGUGGAAUGUCAACUCCCUCCUCCGUGGUAGACAUUCCACCUCCCUUUGAACUGGCGUACAUCACAAAGAAACCCAUAAACAAAAGUACCCCGUCGCUCUCAACAGAAGGCGACUCGCCGGACAAGCAGAAAAAGAAAAAGUCUUCGUUCAAACGAUUUCUGACUUUCACGUUCAAAAAGAAAACCGAAAACAAAGUUCACGUGGACGUGAACGUUUCUUCUUCUCGUUCCUCAUCCGAAUCGAGCCAUCACGGACCUGUACGAAUUCUCGACAUGGAUAGACGGAGCAUCGGUAGCUCUCCCAAGCCAGUUUCCCGGUCUGGAAAAACACGAGCAUCCGAUUCGCCAUCGACAUUUCUAUUCUACAAGGACAGCAAACGAAAAGGGACACCAAAAACGUUUAGCAGGAGCGUAGCGAGAGUGGAAUCCUUCGAGGAUCGCUCCAGGCCGCCGUUCAUGCCUCUACCCUUGACAAAGCCCAGGUCUAUUUCGUUUCCAAAUGCUGAUACGUCUGAUUACGAGAACAUUCCGGCAAUAAACUCUGACUACGAAAACAUUCAGAUUCCUCCAAGGAGACCGACCAGAACUGGAACGUUUACAGAAUUUUUUGAGGAUCCCAGCCGGGCCCUCUCUUCUGCCAAUGAAAACGAUGGAUAUGUUGACAUGAGCAGCUUUACCACUUUUGAAAGCAAACCUCAAACACCCGACCAGGAAACUGAAAGUGCCUACACUGAAGCUUACAAAGGAAAUCCUGUGCCAGGCAUGGCAGAGAGGAGCAAAGUCUCAGAUGAGGACAACGAGAAGAGCUCAGCAGAGGAAGACGGCAUCACAGAUCACAUCCAGGACAGACAGGCUGAUGGCCAAUCAAGAGCAUUUUAUAUAGCCAAGGAGCUGCUGGAUUCAGAAAAAGUGUAUAUGGACAGCCUGAAGCUGCUUCACGUGGACUUUCGAGAGGUGAUGCUUGAGGCUAACAGACGACAAAGUGAGCCGCUGAUUGAGGACGAGCUCCUGACCACCGUCCUGCGCGACCUGCCAAUGGUGUACAGUCUUCACCGGGAAGUCCUCGGAGAGCUGGAGGAGCGGAUUAGUAACUGGGAAGAGCAGCAGGGGAUUGCUGGUAUCCUCGUUUCCAGGAGAGCUCAGUUCUCCAUCUUUACUCGGUACAUCGCCGAGUUUGAUAGGAACAUGGCCCUGUUGGAUGAGUGCUGUCAGAAAUCUUCAACGCUCUCAAAGAUGAUCCAGCAGUUUGAGCAAAGACCGAGUGGAGCCACCAUUAACCUGAAACACCACCUGCUUAAAGUUGUAAUCCGAAUCCUGCAGUACUCCAUGCUCCUUACAGAUUAUCUUAACAACCUUUCUCCAGACUCCAAAGAAUAUGAAGACACACAAGCUGCCUUGGCGAUUGUCUCUGAAGUGGCGGACCGGGCCAAUGACUGCAUGAAACACGGGGAAAACCUGCGUCGACUGGUUCACAUUGAGUACAGCGUUCGGGGCCAGAAGGAGCUCCUGCGGCCAGGAAGGGUGUUUGUGAAAGAGGGAACAUUGAUGAAGGUUUCGGGGACAAACAGACACCCCCGCCAUUUGUUUCUGAUGAAUGACGUGCUGCUGUACACGUACCCUCAACAGGAUGGGAAAUACCGGCUGAAAAACACGCUGUCUCUGUCGGGGAUGAAGAUCAGCAAGCCCUUUCUGGAGAGAUACCAGAAUGCACUGAGGAUCGACACCGUGGGCCGCUGCCUUACUCUCUCUGCGGGAUCGGGCAGCGAGAGGGAGGACUGGUACCACACCCUGUGCCGGGCCGUCGCCGACUACACUGGAGGACAGCACAUCAUCUCCGGCUCAGAGGCAAGACAGCCCUUUUCUCUGGAUAUUUCCAUUACUAGUGGAUUCUUUGGUUUAUGGACAUUCUGGCUGUCGUUUAAGGGCAGAGAUAAGCUGUGGAUGGGACUGGGCGAGAAGCCUCCAGCACUGGUCCCCGUGUCCCACGUGAUGAUGUGCAUGAACUGCACCUCCGAUUUCACUCUCACAAUCCGGCGUCACCACUGUCAUGCCUGCGGAAAGAUUGUGUGCCGCAGCUGUUCAAGAAACAAAUAUCCACUCAAGUACCUCAAGGAUCGACUGGCGAAGGUCUGCGAUCAGUGCUUCACGGAGCUGAAGAAGAGAGGUGCCGACACCACAAAGCCUGUUGACAAUCUGAGGCCCCGGUCAUCCAGAUCUGCAGGUCGCCCCCUCUCAGCCGUUUUUCUCAGCAUCCAUCCGCAGUUGCUGUGGAAGCCACGAAAAAGCUCCUCACCUCUAGCACAGGUCUCAGCCUUGGCAGAGGGCUCCUCCAUGAGUGGCCCUCUUAAUCGAUGUAAGAAGAGUAAGCGCCACUGGAAGAAGCUGUGGUUUGUCCUCAAAGACAAGGUGCUCUACACUUACAUGGCCAGUGAGGACAAGGUUGCUACUGAAAGUCUGCCUCUGCUGGGCUUCACGGUGAAGCUGUUUCAAAAAGAAGAAAGUCCAGAGCCGGCCUUGGUCUUCCAGCUUUACCACAAGAAAACGCUGUACUACACCUUCAGAGCUGAGGACACCUUCACAGCACGGAGAUGGAUAGACGCCAUGGAGGAAGCAACAGUAUUAUAGCAGUGGCUUAUCUCUGCCAGUCAUUCUUCUCACGGACCCUCCUGGUGGAGUUGACAAGUCCCACUCAGCAGUCUGCAACGAUGCAUUUGCUCAACGUGGAAUGAAAAGACACAAAAGACGUUUUGAAUUUCAACCACUGCUGAUGCACACCAAAAGCUGUUAAGAAGAGAAGAGACAGCUUUGUAGUGUGAAGAACGUGCCCCCUUCUUUUUCCACCUCCAUCCACAGUCAGACUUCAGACAGAAGCCAGGAUGGAGGUGUGUCUGCACUUUAUUCCCAGAACCAACUGAAAUUUUCAUCAGAACUUCCUUCAAGACCCCUGCCUGGCCAAUGACCCCAUAAUCUACAGUAACUUGGACAAGUUUUGUACAUUGGAGCAAUUCUAGGGCUGGGCAUGUGCGCCAAGCAUUAUGGAAAAUGAUGAGACACGGUCCACUUGGCACACUUGUGGUGGCCUGGCACAGCAAGAAUUUUACAACUCAUACAUUCAAGUCGUACUUUGCCCACAUUUUACAAUUCUGAUUAAAUUAUGAGAGGAUGACUCGAUGUCACCCGUUCAGCUCUCUGGUUCCUCACUUGGUCAGGAGCAUCUCCACCAGGUUCUCCUCAGGACAUGACCUACGUGCGAAUGUCGCAGAAUUAGGGCUUUUGUGACGUUUGGGAGACAUUAUGGAAGAAGAGCGUUAUGAAUAGGAUGCCAUGGCAACCACAAACACAGCAGCAUCCGGUCAUCUGAUGCCCAACUUUUUCAGUUUAUUUGUUUCCUUUAUUGCUCUGAUAAUGUGGCAGCACUGUCCUCCUGUUUGUGAAAUGAAUAAUCCUUUAAGGCUCGACUUUUUGGAGUACAAGUCUAUUUUUAGCUCUAUUCAAAAGAAAUGUCUAUAAUAGGAAAAUGCUGCCAUUCUUUCAGGAUGCUUGGUAAAUUUUAACAAACAAAAAAAAAAGCAACAAUAAAAGGUGGAUCAGC